AUGAAGGGUGUUGCUUCUUCUUUCUCUGUCUCCCCUCUUGCGAUUCCUCUGUCGUCGCCUGCGUCGCGUCGGAGUAAGCACGUCGAACGGCCGUUGCCAAAGGUCGGGCCUCACUGUGCCUCUUCUUCGCUCACAGCCCCUCCGCCGUCUCCGGCCUUCUCUUCCGACGUGUCUGUCGCGUCGACUUCACUCUCUGCGUCCUCGUCCCGGUCCGCGGCUUCAGAUUCAGCCGCUCGCCUGCAGCUUUCGUCCUUUCUCUCGUCUUCAUACUCUUCGCAUUCGCCGUCCUCCGCAUCCCUCGAUCUCUCGCCCUCUCCUGCGUCUCUUCUGGCUCGCGAGCCCUCGCCGCCAGGCGCCUCUUCUGUCUCCGCGUCGGCUCCUGCCUCCUCCUCCGCCUCGUCGUCGCAAGCCUCACCAUUUGCUUCCUCCACGUCCUCGGAGUGCUCGUCCUGUCGUCCGGAGCUCUCUGGAGACGACGUGUCCCGCCGGUCGCCUUGCGCCUCCGGAGCCGCCAGCUAUCCGCCGGCUUCUCCGCUUCGGCGACGCUGCUCUCUGUGGACGGUCGCGCCCCCAGCGCGUCGGGCGGCGGAACCUUCCCGCGCGGGCGACAAAAAGGCGAUCCUCCCUUCGAAAAGCCGUCUGUUUCGGGGACCCACUCGUUCCCUGUCUGCUGAGUACAGGGCACAAGCUGAUUUCGCCGAAGAUUUGCGGAGAGAUUUCGCUUCGAGGGGACAGAGAGAGACGCCUUCAGGCGCCCUGUCGACGCCCGUCGACUUCUGCGGGGCUGCAGCGCUCGUCGUUGCGUCGGGUCUGUCGACGAACAGCCACAAACGAAAGCCAAACCUCGGGGCGUCCGCUAUUAUAAAUUCAGCCUCCUCUUUCCUUCCUUAUCCCGUCGGAUCUCCUCCCGCCUCUUCCGGUCCUCUGCCAAUUCCUCCUCUGCGUGCGUCGGCGUCAGUUUCUCCUUCAGCCGUGCCGCGUUCUUUGUCACAUAGCUCGUUUCCUUCUCCCGCCUCCGCUGGUCCUGCGGUCGGAGAGGAGCCUGUUCCAGGUGCAUCUGCUGAGGCAGCCGCGGCGACUCGACGUCGGCUUCGUUCUCUGAAGAGAGCUGAAGUGAGGAAAGGCACUCCUCAGCACACGCGGGAGGAGCGCAGGGCUUCUCGCGACCCCCCUCUCGAUACGUUUUUUCCGUGCCGCAGAAGCGCAAGAGAGACGGCGAAAGGCGAUUGCGGUCUGGGGCCCCUGGCGGCGCCUGACGGCAUUCUAGGGGAAUCAGGCACUGUGGAGGUGUCUUCGCGGUCUGUGGUCGGUUGCCAGCGUGAGACUUCGCCGUCGGUUUCUUCGGCAGUCGUUUCGUCUCCCGUCUCUUGUUUGUCCCUCUGUGAGGUGGAUUCCUCUGUGCUUUCUAGUUCUCUCGAUCCGGUGAAGGAGCUGCAGCCAAGCGCAGAAAACGCCCUCUGCCCUGAGUGUCGGGUCGUGUGUUGCGACUGCUGCCGUCCCUCGGCGCCGGCCAUUGUGGAAGGGCCUGCGGCGUCUUCUUCGCCCUCGUCUCCCAGCCCGGCUUCGAGUCCUCGCGCUGUGAUUUCUUUCAUUUCUCCUUCGCCACCCUUCCCCCGUCGUCGCGUGUUGCGGCAUCCCGCAACGUUAUCGUCUUCUUUGUUCUCGUCCCAACCGUCGUCGGCCUCUCCGCCUGCUGCCCCGCAGCUGCCCUUCACCUCAGCGGCGGUGUCGCAGCCGUCCGGCUCUCCCCGCUCGUCUGCUUUCUCAUUCUCGCCGCCUCCUUCGUCUCCUGUCUCUUCGCCCCCGUUUGCCUCCGGUGCCGCGUUCUCGUCUGCGUCUGCACCGGCAUCUUCGUCACCUGCCUCUGUGUCGCGGGCGUCGGCUGCGUUCUGCGCGCCCCCUUCUCCUCUCGGUUGUGCCGUGUUCCCUCCCUCUCCCCCUCCCCCUCCCUCACCCCCUCCCUCUCCCCCUCCCCCUCCCUCUCCCCCUUCCCCUCCCCCUCCACCUCCUCCUCGCAGAACAAUGGGCUGCCGAUGCUCCACUCAGCAGAAGCUGAGGCGUCCGCGAACUGCGCCGAAAGGUGACGGCGCGUCGCCGGAUCGCCUCGAGAGGGGCGAGGCAGCGGGCGCCGGCGCCGCGGAGCUACCCCUCGUGGCGACGCCCGCGACCGAAACGGUUGGGGGUACGCCGCGGGGAGACGAGAAGCGCCUCUCGAGCCCGUCGGUCGCCGACGGAGCUGGCCCCAGCCGCGGGCACGCGAGCCUCGCGGGGGGCGGCGGCAGCGAGCAAGAGAAUCUGCGCGAGAAGCGGCGCGAAGCCGAAGGGACGCUCAGCGAGAAAGAGCGAGAGGGCGACGACGAGCCUGAAAACUCCGGUAGAGGUGCGUCGGUCGACGCCAGUGCGCCAGGAAGGCCCGUCGAGCGGCAAAAGCGCGAACGCGAGGCGGAGGAGACCGCGCGCGAGGAGGACGGGGCGGAGGCGCAUCCGAGGGAUGUCUCUUUCCUCUCAACGGGCGCCAAGUCAGCCAGGGGCGGAUGCGCGGCGUCCGCCAGGCACGACGACGGAGGAGGUGACCUCCGCGCGGGCGCGGCCGACGGCGAACAGGAAGAAGAAGGAACGAUGAGCGCUGUCGGGGCUGUGGGUUCCGGGGCGUGUGAAGCGCGAGGCAGGCGAAAGCGUCGGGGAGACGACGGAGAGGAGACGACCCACGUCCCUGGCAGGAUCUCCUCAGCGGAUGAUGCCGAUCCGAAGAACUCGACGCAGGCGUACGCCUCGUCCUUUCUCGCGUCCACAGCCACCUCUGCAAGCACCACGGAGGAGGUCAAAGCAAUCUCUGCGCCCGUGGUUCCGUCUUCGUGUCUCUCUUCCGCUGGCGCGCGGCAACUCGAGAACGCGUCCCCCGCAGGCCCUCCAAGCGGGCACGUGAGCUCUCGUGCGCCGCUUGGGUCGCCUGGUGGGCUUUCGCGGGAAGUCUACGUCCCAGGCGACAGCGCGUCGACCCAGGCCGCCGCUUCGGCGAUACCCUCUCCGUGUAAACGGCGAGUCAACUCGCAGCAAAACGCGAGCGACGGCGCAGGGACCUUUUGGCUCCCGGCGGAGGCGCAGCGAGGGCAGGGGGUGGGUGACGGGUCGCGGAGCCUCGUGCGGCGGCGCGUGGGAUCUGCGUCGCCUUCAUCAGCGGAGUACCGAGAAGAGGCGCGGCAGAACUCGUCUUCCUCCUCGUCUAGCUCUCUCUCGACCGCGGACGGUGCCUCCGCAGCAUCUGCGUCCCUCGCCGCGGGCUCUCGCCGGCUGUCGUCGUCGAUGUCGCCGUCGGGCUCGCGCAGAAAGCGGCGCGGCGCAGGCCGCAGCAAGAAAGUCGCGGCUGGCGGCGACGAUGGGGACAUGCUUUGCUCUCUCUCCCCCCUUGCGUAUUCGCAGCGACAGCUGCUGCCUUCGCAUCUGAAUCGCUCGCUGACGGUCUCGGAGAUUCUCCUCGAGUCCAGCAUCGUCGGACGCUAUGUGAUGCUGCCGUGGAAUGAGGAUGACGGCGACAUUCGGCAGAACUUUUAUGUCAACUCGCCGCCGCCCUGCGCGGCACUCCCCUGUCCGCCGCUCUCGCGUCCUGUCGCCACGCACGCCUGCGUGCCUCCGCUCUCUCCCGCGGCGUCCUCGGCACUCCUGAGCAACUCCUUCGUAAAUCCCGCUUCUGGCGCCCCCAGAGAGGCCUGCGCGAGCGACCGCCGCAGACUGGCGGGCGGCGGCGCCGAGGAGAAAGGUGCAAGGGAGCGCGACGAGCUCCAGGGUUGGGGGUACAGUCUCCCGGUCAUGGCUCCCGACAGGCUAGUGCGCAGCACGCAGCGAGACGUCGCAGACAACGGGGAGUUCCGCGGCUUCGCGGCAGGAGAUCUUGCAAAAACCGACGGCAACGCGGACCGCUGUCAGGCCUGGCGGGAGGGCAAGGGCACCGCGCUCGACUCCUCGUCUUCGAUGCUAGGUGCAGGACAGGAGGCGAGGCGACGCGAAGAGACAAACGGGAAAGCGCGCCAGCACAGAAAACGCGGCCCCUGCGCGCUGCCUGCCGGCGUCGUGGCGGAUCCGACCGCGUGCGGGUUGGGGUCUCCGUUUGGACUCGCUGGAGACGGCGAAGAGCCGUUCGCGGCGGUGCGGGCGGAGGAGUGGGGUCCGGACGGGAAGUGGACAGACCCCGACGGCGUGAUGUCGCUGAGUCGGAAGCAGCAGCAGAAGUUCGCGGCGUGGAAGCGGCUGUCCGAGAUCGUCAAGGAUCCAGUGGUGAUCCAAGACCUGCCAAACAGCCGCGCGAUUCGGCAGGGCUUCGUCGGCGACUGCUCCUUCCUCUCCUCACUCGCUGUCCUCUCCGAGUUCGAGCGGAAGCACAAAGUCCCGGUACUCUCCGGUCUGCUCUAUCCCCAAGGCGUCAUUCCGUCUCCCUGCGACCAAGAAGGCGAGGCCGGCGGCGGCCGCCGCGGCAGGGCUUCCUCGCCGAUCUUCAACCCGCGAGGGAUGUACGCCUGUCGGCUGUAUUUCAACGGCGUGCCGCGCAAGGUCUUGAUCGACGACUUCGUGCCCGUCCGGAAAGACAACAAACUCCUCGCGGCGCACUCGUCCAACAAGAGCGAGCUCUGGGUCACGCUGCUUGAGAAGGCCUUCGUCAAGCUCAUGGGCGGCAGCUACUCGAUGCAGGGUUCGAACCCCGGCGCGGAUCUAUACCACCUCACCGGCUGGAUCCCCGAGACGAUUCCCUUCCGGAGCGACGUUCACACCGGCUCGCCCGCCUCGCACAAACCCAUCAUCACCGGACGCGAAAACGAAGACGACGAGGUCGUGAGAGACCCCAAAUGGGCGCAAAUCUGGAAGCAACUCUACCUCGGGCUGACCGCCGGCAGAUGCGUCGCCUGCCUCGGCACCAGCGAGGUCUCCGACGCCGCCCCCAGCGGCCUCGACUUCCCGGAGGGCGUCUCCGUGAGCAGCGGAAUUGUAGCUCGCCACGCCUACAGCAUUCUGCGCUAUGCGGAGAUCGAGGGGCAUCGCCUGCUGUACGUGAAGAAUCCGUGGGGCUGCGUUCGCUGGAAAGGAAGGUUUUCGCCGUCAGACCCCGACAGCUGGACUCAAAACAUGAAAGAACAACUCGAAUACGAUCCCGUUGCGGCAGCGCGCGCGGACUGCGGGUGUUUCUGGAUCGAGUGGCUGGACGUCGUUCGCUGGUUUUCGCAUCUCUACGUGUGCUGGGACGGCAGCUGUUUCCCCUACCAGGCUGAAAUCCACUCAAAGUGGGAGCGUUCGCCGUUCAUCGAGGAUUCCUCGCUGGCUGACGACUCGCACCUCGUGGCGUUCAAUCCGCAGUUUCACCUGCGAAUCGCGCCUCGUCCGGAGGACUUUUGUCCCUCGUCGUCUGCGCCGCCGUAUCCGUUUCUCUCCUUUCCAUCCCUGACCUCGCCGGCGACCGCAUCUCCAGGGCCCUGUCCGGCGUCGCCGUCGGCGGAUGUGGGACGGGACGCCUCGUUUCCGUCUUCGCCCUGUUCUUUAGCCUCGAUGGGAUGUGGCGAUCACCCCGUCGAGCUGUGGAUUCUGCUGUCGCGGCACGUGCGAGAGCGGCAGAAAGACCUCGCCUCCAAGUACCUUGCGAUUCACUUGCAUGCAGCCUCUGAGCGCGCCACCUGCCCGCCGCCGCCCGUGAAGCAAGGCGUGUAUAGCAACGGCGAGUGCACGCUGGUGAAGCUUCGUGUGCAUCCUCACGUCUUUUGGGAAUUGCGAAAAGACAGCGCAGAGGAAAAAACGCCACCCGCGCUUCCGGGAUACGAGGGUCACAACCUGCUCGACGCCUCGGAGUACGUUCUGGUCGUGUCGCAGUACUCCCAAAAGGACGAAUUCAAUUUCACCAUCAAGGUCUACGGCCAUGUCAACUCGUCUCUGACUCAACUUCCGCCGCUGCUGCCGCCAGACGCUCAGUCCGUUUACUUCAAAGGGAACUGGGGCCCGAGUACAUCUGGCGGAUGUUCGAACGACCUCUGGCGCUAUUUCACCAAUCCGCACAUUCGCUUGAAGGUUCCCGAGCCCUGCGACGCGAUUUUCUUCCUCGAGUCGCCUCAGGAGCAUUCUGUGAAUUUGCGUCUCUUCAAGAACCGCGUGGCGACGGCACGGCUGCUGCGGACGGGAAAGGCGCUCUCGACGGGGCCGUACCGCGCGGGUUGCUGCAUGCUCAAGACGCGCCUGGAGGCGACGACCUACACGAUUAUUCCGUCGACUUUUCGCCCCGACGACACGGACACGUUUCAGCUUUCUCUGCACGUCCCGGGGCAUGUGAAGAAGCCUGUGCCGCUGCUGCUGCCGCAGCCCUACGCAAUUCCGCCGCCUGCCUCGCUCUUUUACCGCGUCAUCGACGGACGAAAGUGCACGCACCAAGUCUGGUCUCGAGUCGCCAUUCAGGUCCAAAGGCCCGCGCUGGUCUCGCUACGCCUGCAGCUGACUUCGCCGCCGGAGCCGGGCGAUGCGUUCCCCUCGCUGACUGUGUAUCGCUACACGGAGUUUGCCGAGGAGAGCUCGCGGGAGGGAGAGAGAGGCCGCGACGAGAAGAAGGCCCAGAAGAAGCUUCAGUUCAUCAUUCGCAGCGACUUGGACGGCGGGCUGAGUGAGGACGGACACACCGCCUCCUCCGCGGCGCAGGAUCUCUUCCACAGACAGGGCGUCGUCAAUGUGAGUCUAGUCGAGCUCCACGACCCUCUGACGCCCUACGUGAUUUUCAUUUCCACGCUCAAUGGAGAAAAAGGCGAAUCUGGUGCGGCGACGCACACCCACAGCCGGGAUGCGGCGAUUCAUCAUCUGCAUCGCCAGGAGGGGCGGCGACGAGAGGAAGCGCACGCGAGACCGUGGAAGCUCCACGUGUUUGCAGACAUUCCUGUGGACGUUCAGCUGCUCAUGUAG